AUGACUAAGCAGUUACAACGAGCCAUUCAUCUAGCGCACGCUCUGCUCGUCGCUUUCCCGGCUGGACGCUAUUCCGCGAGCCGGCAGUUUGCACACACGCCCUCGCCGCGCCGUAUAAUACCAGGCAGCCGAGAUUCCAUUCCGUGGACAGCGGCCGCCGCCGCCGCCGCCGCCGCCGCCGCAGCCGCCGCCCACAGCAUGCAUGUAUUCAUGCCCACUCCGUUGCGCGCUGCUUCUCUGCGCACACCACCAACUGUACGCGCCGGCCCAUCUGCGCACCGCUGCAGUCCGACGUCACAGCCGUCUAAUACAACAGAGCCGGCGGCUGUCGUGGAUCCUAUUACUACCUCUGAAAAUGUUGCACUUCGUGUUAAUGACUUUCCGUCUUCAAAACCUGCAUUAACUGCUAAAAUUCCGUCCCGUGACAGCGAGAUUCCCACUAAAAAGCGUCCUCUAGAGUACACUGAAAAAAAUGUUGAUGAGGACUCUUCCUGUGCAACGCCCGUUGCCAGGAGGUCGAAGCCCGGUCCUGAAGAUCUGUUGGAAGUGGAAAAAGGAGAUGGAAUGCAGAUCGAUGUGGCUCCCACUUCCGCACAAGGACUUAUACCGCCACGAACAGAUAGUGAUGCAGCUGGUAGUGACCUUUCACGGAAAUGUGACCCUGAGCCUGAGGUCACGGCUGAAAUAGCUGCGUCAAGUGCACAGCCCAUACAGUGCGAACAGUACGAGGAAGUACCAAGUAAACAACCUGCUGACUCCGAAGCGCAACGCCGCGCCGAAGGAGGGAACAGACAAGCAUCACCGCCUCGCCAGCAAGACAACACAGCAGACACCAUGCCGGAACCAAAUAUUGACGACUCGCAAGCCACGGCCGUUGCCCCAGACAGCCACCGCCGGCGGCAGCGACCGACACCGGGUCUUGCUGUCACGGGUCAUGAAGCGAAAGCCACACCAGAGAAGAAAGACAACAACAAAAAUAAUAUUAAAUAUGAAGUCAUCAGGGCCAACACUGACGAGGAGAAAGAGAAGGGCCACAGUGACUUACAGCCACGCAUUAUCAGGAUUUCAGGAUAA